AUGGAAGUUUCAUAUUCGUAUUAUGGAAAAGAAAAAAGAGGUUUUAUCAUACAAAGUUCCACAAAAUAUUACAACGAUACAUAUGGCGGCAAAAAUUACGGUGAAAGAGCUAUCAGUCUCGUUCGAGAAAAAUUAGGUUGCGAAUAUGUUUGGGCAAUGCAAGGCCCAGAUACAUUUGACUGCUCCGGAUUGAUGCAGUGGGCAUACAAUGUCCUUGAUGUCUAUAUCCCACGCAAUGCAGACCAACAGUCAGAGUUUGGAAAGAAAUUGGCUGAUAAGAAAGACUUACUUCCAGGCGAUUUAGUUACUUUCUACACGUCUACAAGCAGACCAAACGAUGUAACUCACGUUGGAAUGUACGCAGGAAAUGGAAAGUUCAUUCACGCGUCUAGCGCUUACGAAAAGGUUGUUGAGAUGGAUCUCGACACAUAUCCUUAUAAGAUUGCUUCCAUGAACCGUUGCUGGUAG